AAUUUCUCAUCACGCAGUGUAUCACGGCCAGAAUGCAGCGACAAGUUUGCAACGCGGUAGCGCGGUCUACAGGAUUUUCUUUAGCGCCUUGCGCGAGAAGGCUAUCUACCCAAGCCAAUCUAACGGACGCGAUUCGACAAAGGCAGCCUGAGAACCAAGAUAAUCAGCUUAAGACCGGCGAAACACGAUUGCCAAGGGCCGCGCAACUCAUCCACCUGAAGCCAUUGAAGAGGACGGCCGAAUUUGGCAUACCGUCAUGCGACUUACAACUGCGAUCCUAUAGCAUACAGCCUCUUGACAUCUUUUGCGAUUUUGCGUUGAGAGCAGCAUACUAUCUGGGUCUUCCGGCGUAUGGUCCAGUGCCUCUGCCACGAAUCACUGAGCGCUGGACUGUCCCGAGAAGUCACUUCAUCUUUAAGAAGUCUCAAGAGAACUUUGAGCGAAAAACACUCCGACGCAUGAUUCAGAUUAAGGAUGGAAAUCCAGAAACUGUUCAACUCUGGCUAGCCUACCUGCGCAAAUACCAGUACUAUGGUGUGGGUAUGAAGGCAAACGUCUGGGAGUUUGGAGGCAUUAGCGAGUCCAGGAAAGAAACCGAGUUGCAAGACGAACAAUUAAAGGCAAUUUGGGCACAUGUCGGACAAACUAAGGAGUUGGGUACAUCCGAAGAGGUAGUCAAUUUCGUCGAUGAACGCAAACAAGAGAAAUUGUUCGAUGCUCGUCGUUAGGAAUUCCACCGCGGUAGCUGGACUUGCUCCUCGAAGCGGCGGUGAAGAGCCUCUGUAAUAUUAUACCUAAAGAUAGCUUGUAUAUUAUUUUAACUUCUGCAUAUCUUAUCCAAAUCUCUGGUUUCCCGG